AUGUCAUCAUCCGAGAAAGCAAGCACAAAGACAUCUGCAGCAGCAGCAUUCUAUGUGCGAGGAAGCAAACGACUCACAGCCCUAUUAGUGACCCUUUUGGUUUUUCUCUUUCUUUCACUAUUGACGCUAUCAAAAGCAACACUUGGUGGUAACGGGUGUGAGAUGGGUGGCCGGUUACGGACAUGGAACGAGGCCCUGGCAUUUUCAACCGGCAGCUCAAGCAAAACAACCUUUAUCAACCUGAACGACCUGGAAGCUUCUCCUAAUGCCAAGGAAAAACAAGAGCACGUCUUGAUCUUGACACCUUUGAAAAAUGCAUCACCCUAUCUUCCACGCUACUUUGAGCUGCUUGAUCGCAUGACAUACCCCAAGCAUCUCAUCACGGUUGCUUUUCUUGUAUCGGAUACGGAUGACGAUACCGUGGAUAAACUCAAGGAACAAGCUGAUGUAUUUUUGAAUCGUGAGCACGACCGGUAUCACCACAUUGCCAUUUACGAAAAGGACUUUAACUUCGAAUUACCCGAGGAUAAGCGCCAUACUUUUGAAUUGCAACCCUUACGCCGUUCAUACAUGGCUCGCUCAAGAAACUAUUUGCUCACAGCCGCACUCCGAGAGGAACAUUCUUGGGUAUUGUGGCUCGAUGUCGACUUGGUUGAGUAUCCUGAUACCAUUUUGGAAGAUCUCAUGAGCGUGGAUGUGGAUGUUGUCGUUCCCAACUGCUUGCGUGAAACUGAGGAUAACUCCUUCUGGGGCUAUGACAAGAAUAAUUGGCAAGAGACCGAACAAUCGUUGGCUGUGCAAAAGGAUUUGGAUCCGGACUACGUACUACUCGAAGGCUACUACGAAUUCUUGACACACCGUGCACUCAUGGUGGAUAUGCCAACCCAUUUGGGUCGAUUAAACAAAGUACCUUUGGAUGGCGUGGGUGCAACCUUUACACUUGUCAAAUCGGAAGUGCAUCGUGAAGGUGCCAACUUCCCAGCCUACGUAUACCAGCAUCAGGUUGAAACGGAAGGCUUUGCCAAGAUGGCCAAAUCGAUGGGUUUUGGUGUAUACGGUCUACCAGGCUAUCUUAUUUAUCAUGUCAUGAACCAAUAA